AUGGAUUCAUACGCGGGGGACGAAUAUUCCGGCCCCAAGCGGGAUGGAGAAUCAUUCUCAGGGAGGGCUCCCGGUGAAAACUACCGGCGUCGCUCACCAGGUAUGCUAUCCAUUAGAUCCAAAGGAAACGUCACACAAGAGAAUCUCAUUGCUGACUGGACAUCAGCUUCCCAGGACCGUCGCCGCGGCCGCGGCCGUUCCCGCUCCCCCAUGAUCGAUCGCUACGAACCCUCAGACCGUCGCCCGCGUGAAGACUUCUACAACAGUUCUCGCGACCAUGCUGCUCGGGAGCGCGAGGACCGUCGACGUGCCCCAUCCCCGACAGUUGCCAAUAUUGACCGCUAUGUCCCCGGUCAAGAUAGCGGAAAGCGCCCAAUGCCGAUGAAUCAGCUUCCGAACCCUCUCAGCCUUGAUUUCCAGGUCGGCUUCACUUGGUUUGGCGAAUGGUGGAGAAGUGAACAGCAAAUAAAUGAGGAGAAGGAGCGUGUCAAGCAAGGCCGUGGCCGGUCAGAUCGAAUCAAGGGAGAGCGUGAAGCGCGUGAAGACAAAGAGCGACAACGAGCACAAAUCCAGGCUGCCUACGACACGUACAAGGUGGACCUUCAGAUUAAACUGUCUCGCCAAUUUGUGCAGCAACAUCGGAAUGAGGAGUGGUUCAAAGAGCGCUACGUUGCGGAAGUGCGUGAUCCUCUACGCACUCGUAUUAUGAAUUUCCGCCGAGGCGCAUAUGAACAAUGGGAACGUGACCUGGGCGGAGGACUGUUCGAUGAUUUCACCCUUGAGGGAAUCUACAAGAGCGAGAGUGAUGGAGCUGGCGGUGUGGUCGAGAAAGAAGAAGGCGAGACUACCGCAGUCGCCGAGACACUCAGUGUUCUGGACUUACUUCCUGUCCGUGGUGGAGAGCUCCGUGAUGAUGCGUUAUCGCAGCCUGCUCUGUUGAUCAAGACCUUAGCACCCAAUGUGAGCCGAGAGAAGAUUGAGGAGUUCUGCAAGGAGCAUCUCGGAGAGAGCGAUGGUGGCUUCAAAUGGCUCAGUCUGAGCGACCCCAAUCCCACCAAAAAGUUCCACCGUAUGGGUUGGAUCAUGCUGCACCCUUCAACCGAGACAGAUAAUCCUGUCGACCGUGGAGAUGGCCGCGAAGAAGAAGGCCAGGAUACAGACAACCACCACAAUGGCACGAAUGUCAAUACAGCCGAGCGAGCCCUUGAAGCUGUCAAUGACAAGACCAUCCACGAUGCUGUGCACGGCGACUUCGUCUGCCAUGUGGGUGUUCAUGUGCCUCCUUCGCAACCACGCAAAAAGGCCCUCUGGGAUUUGUUCUCUUCUCCAGAGCGAAUUGAACGUGAUCUCGAGCUAGCUAAACGCCUCAUUCAGAAAUUGGACAGCGAGAUGGGUGAACAUGCGGAUGGCGUCUCUAAAAUUGAGGAACGGAUUGAGGAUCUGCGCGGAAAGGGUUGGCUGCAACCUCCUGUGACUGGCCCAGUCAGCGCCAAGAAGCAGAAGAAUGACUACGAUGAAGCGGACCUCGAUGAAGGCGAGAUGGAAGAGGGCGAAGAGAAAGAAGUACAGGAAGAAGACGAAGUGGAUGACGAGGAGCUUCUUGCGAUUAAGAAGAAGCUCGACCUGAUGGUGGAGUACCUCCGCCGAGUCUACAAUUUCUGCUUCUUCUGCGUCUUUGAAUGUGACUCGGUUCACGAGCUGGGCCGUAAGUGCCCGGGUGGUCAUCUUCGCCGGCCCCGUUCUGGUCUUUCCAACCAGGCUAAGGAGGUCGCCAGGGCUAGUGCCCUGGGCGAGUCGUUCCCAUGCAAGCAAAAGGAGCCUAGCGAGGACGGAGAGGAACGGGGAUCACCUGUCCAAGAGAAGCGCCCACAACGGCUCUCGAAGUCCGAACAACAGCUGCAGCGUGCUUUCAACUGGGUGAAGACAUUUGAGGACAAAUUGCUUCAAAUCUUAGAGCCCGAGAACGUUGACUUGUGCAAAUUGGGCGGUAAGCCGGUGGAGCAGGCUUUGGAAGACGAGCUGGCCAAGUACGUAAAGCAGGAGGAUGAUUCACGGUAUCGCUGCAAGGUGCCUGAGUGCGCCAAACUCUUCAAGGCCGAGACCUUCUGGCGCAAGCAUAUCGAGAAACGUCAUGCGGAGUGGCUGGCAAGUAUUCAGCGUGAUGUGAGUUGUCUUCUGCCUUUCCCUAAACCAUCAGACACUAAUGCCCUUCAACAGCUUGAGCUUGUGAAUACCUACGUUCUAGACCCUGCGCGCAUUGCCCCAUCGCGAUCUGAUGCCAACAGCAACGGACACUUCCCCAUUGCUGGUGGUCAAGGCCAAGGUGGUACCCCGCGUGGAUUCAGCCUCUCAAACAUGCCAUCAUACCCCGGUGGCAUGCCCGGGUUCCCUGGUCCUGGAAUGCCUGGCCUUCCAGGCGCCCCGGGCCCUUGGGGCAACAACGGCAUGGGCGACGGUCGUCUGCACCAGCCCGGAGCCAUGCGCCGCGGUGGACACCGUCACAACAACCGAUCCGGUCCGUAUGACCGUCAGCGCUUCAACAGCAGCGGCCGACUGAGCCCUGUUCGCGGGGGCAACAUGUACGGCGGCGGUCGCCUCCUCCUUCUGGCGUGGUCAUCCCGCCCGGACACCCUGCUGCAAACAUGGCUGUGCCAAAGCCCUUCCCCGACGCGAUGGAUGCCGGCGGUGGUGCGCAGGCCAUGCCCCCCACGUGAAGCUGUGCAGGGUCGCAGCCUCAAAAGUUACGAAGACCUCGACGCAGUCACUGGUUCCGGCAGCGGCGAGCUGAAUUACUGA